AUGGUGGCGGGCGAAUGGGGCUAUGCGCCGGCGUCGGCCACCCCCGCCAUGAAUGCCUUCCUCGAGACCAACCAUGCACACCUGGCUUCCUAUGGCCUGAAAAUGUCUCCGCAACCAGGGUGCGGAGUGGGCGCGCAGCACCGCGCCGCUGCGCCACACCCGCCCCCUCCGCACCACCCGCCGCACUACCAGCCAUACCCGCUGCACUCCUAUCAGCCCGGGUACUUGCGCGAGUACAGCGGCUGUGGCGAGCUCUUCCCACAGCAGCCUCUGGAGCAGAGCUGGGACUGGCGAGGUGACGCCGUGCACUACCAGGGCGGUGCACCUCCCCUAGUGCCGCAUGCGCAUGCACACGCACCCCACGCCUUCCUACGAUAUGUGCGCGCGCCUCCUCGCCGUGACAUGCGGUGUCAAUGGCUCGAUCCUGAACAACCGCCUCCAAGGAAAUUGUGCAACAAACUUUUCUCAAGUAUGCACGAGAUCGUGACGCAUCUGACAGUGGAGCAUGUCGGCGGGCCCGAGUGUACCACGCACGCGUGUUUCUGGCAGGGCUGCUCGCGAAACGGUCGGCCCUUCAAAGCGAAAUACAAAUUGGUGAAUCACAUCCGCGUACACACUGGAGAGAAACCAUUCCCCUGCCCCUUCCCCGGCUGUGGCAAAGUGUUUGCAAGAUCUGAAAACCUCAAAAUCCACAAAAGGACACACACCGGAGAAAAACCAUUUAAAUGCGAGUACGCGGGCUGCGACAGACGGUUCGCGAACUCUUCGGACAGGAAGAAACACUCACACGUGCACACGUCUGACAAGCCGUACAACUGCCGCGUGCACGGCUGCGACAAGUCGUACACGCACCCCUCGUCGCUGCGCAAGCACAUGAAGGUCCACGGCGCUGCUGGUGAUGCCUCCCCGCGGUAUGACAGUGACGGUGACGACUCCUCGUCUGCCGGCAGUGUCAGCGUAACCGCAGGCGCUGCCAGCCCUGCUGCGCCCCUGCCCCCGCCGCCGGCGCCUGCGCCGCAGCACCAUCCACAUCACCACCCCUCUAUCACAGAUAAACUAGAGAGCUUAAACGAAAAAUACCUUAACCCUCACGAUCAGAAACCUUACGAGCGACCACCGGCGCCGCCCCACCACAACCAAGCCCCACAUCUGACCAACAUCGGUGGGAACGGCGUCAUGGACAACAAACUGGGCUUCGGUGGUCACUGGACACAGUUCCAACAACCAGCACCGACGAUGCCGCACGGUGUACCUGACUGGUGGUGUCCCACGCAGGAGACCUACCACCAUCACCACUUGAUGCACCACUCGGGAGCCGCCGCCGCCUACUGA